GUUCAAAACAACAGACACACAUACACACGCGUACUUUAUUUUUUUCUUUUUCUUUCUUUAUUUCAAAGUCUUCAUAUAAACAUGUUUAGAAAUCAGUACGAUAACGACGUUUCCACUUGGUCACCCCAGGGACGUAUUCAUCAAGUUGAAUAUGCAGUUGAAGCUGUAAAACAAGGUUCUGCAGCUAUUGGUUUGAGAAGCAAAAAGUAUGCCAUCUUGCUUGCUCUCAAGCGUUCUUCUGGUGAACUUGCCUCUUACCAGAAAAAGUUGAUAAAGAUUGAUGACCACAUGGGCAUCGGUAUUGCUGGAUUGACCUCUGAUGCUCGUGUACUGAGUAACUAUAUGCGUACAGAAGCUAUGAGGUCAAAGAUGUUAUAUGAUAGACCUUUGCCCGUUCAAAGAAUUGUCAAUGCUAUUGCGGACAAGGCACAAGUAAACACUCAACAGUAUGGACGUAGACCUUAUGGUGUAGGUCUAUUGGUUAUUGGAUAUGAUGAAACUGGACCUCAUCUUUUUGAAUGCUCUCCUGCUGGUACAAGCUUUGAGUACCACGCAAUGUCCAUUGGUGCUCGAUCUCAAUCAGCUAAAACAUAUCUUGAAAAACACUAUGAAGAAUUUUCAGAUGCUUCUUUGGAAGAACUUGUCCGUCAUGGACUUCAAGCCCUUCGUGAUACAUUGCAGCAAGAUAAGGAAUUAAACAUCCAUAACACAUCUCUUGGUAUUGUAGGUGAGAACAGAUCCUUUGAAAUCAUUGAAGGUGAUGCAUUACAAAACUAUUUGGAUUUGCUUGAUGAUACAACAAGAACAAGAGCACCUGUCGAUGUUUCUGCUUCAGAGUCAAUAGCCGCAGAAUCAGCCAGAGAUGAUACCUCUACCAGAGCUACUGCUGAUCCAAUGGAUACUUCUGAAGCUUAAUAAUUCAAUAAUAAACAAAAAAGAAUGACAAGGACCCCAUUUAUAUGUUUGAUUGCAUAAACAUAUUCAGGGAAUAAAUGCUGCUCUUGAGUACAAGUUGUAAAAGCAUUAUGUUCAGCUGCCAUUACAUAAUAAUUGCAUUUGAUUGGCUAAAGAUUUCCAUAAACAGUCCUACUUAUAC